AGAUAUCAUUUAAUACAUCUUUUAUGUAUAAUCCGCUUGCCUCAUUUAUUCUAUCAACAGCUGAUUGCCGCAAAUAAUUAUGCAAUACUGUCCUUUAAAGUUUAUUCCAAUUUUUAUUAUUUUAGUUUUAUUAAAAGUGGAUGCAGCUCCACCGAGCGGCUCAUUUUUUUGGACUGAUCGUGAGAUUUCCUGUGUCACAUAUGAUGUCAAUCGAACACGUUGUGUAUUGAAUCAUCCACAAUUGGGUCCUGAACAGAAUCCUGAAUGCUUUGAUGAAGUAGAUGAAAAUGGAAAGAAACUGAAAACUUAUUGCGCUUUGGGAUGUGAGGAAUCUCUCGAAGCACAACUGGUCAAAAAGAUCCCAUCAAAUAGCCCUUCUUGUGUCCAGCACUACACUUAUAAUCUGGAACGAAGACGCCAAGACUGGCUUCUCUGGCGGAAUGGUACCUGUCUCGACACAACUAUUCGAUUUCAUUUGAUAUGUGGAACACCGACGAAUCCGAAAAUAUUCUACAGAGAAAAUGAAGAACUUUUCAUUUAUGAAGAUGCUGAAAAUUAAUACGUGACCCCUCCUCUUUGCAUUAUUUUUUAAAUUUAGUCUCUUCUCUUGUGCCGAAUAAAUUAUUAAUAGUUUUAAA